GAAAAAUCAAAUCUUUACUGGCUUCAAAGUUCAAUCAGUCUCCCCCCUUUAGCCUUUCUUUUUUUUCACUGCGCCCACAAUUCAUAAGAGGAGGGAGGCGAAAAAUGUGGCAGAAGAGGCCAUGGAAGUCGUCCUUCAGUGAGUCUGUCAAAGCUCUUGAAGCCGACAUACAGCAUGCAAAUAGCAUCGCGGCGGCCCUGCCGGGAAACGAUUGUGGCGAUCGUAUCCAAAUGAGGUUGUCCUACAGUCCGUUUGCACAGUUCUUCCUCUUCCUGAUGGAGUGGAUGGACUAUAGCUGCACCGAUACCGUCCCAACUUACUUAGGCAUCCUUAGCGUACUUGUGAACAAGGUAUGUCUCGAUAGCAUGCCCCGGAUGUCAUCAAAAGAAAAGAAGGCCUCUCUCAGGGAAUUCUAUGCUGUUAUAUACCCUUCAUUGAAACUACUCGAAGGCGAGUUUGCCAGAAUUGGAAGUAUCAAUAGGGCAAUCCCGGAGAGGAUAGAAGGCAAGAGGAAGUUCUGCAAUAGAGAACUGGAGAGAGAUGAUGAAUGCGGGAUAUGCAUGGAAAGUUGUGCUGAUGCGGUAUUGCCCGAUUGCGGGCAUUCCAUGUGCAUUAGCUGCUACAAUAACUGGAAUGCGCGGUCUGGUUCUUGCCCUUUCUGCCGAGGCAGCUUGAGUGGAGUUGCCUCUACCGAUUUGUGGGUUCUUAUGAGUAAAAGUGACGUGGUGGACGUGUUUACUCUUGCCACGGAGAACCUAAGCAGUUUUUACCUUUAUAUUGAGAGUCUGUGUGUAACAAUUCCGGCACCACAUAUCCUUCUAGACUACAUGAUCUUACCCUGAGAAGGGCUUGUUUUGACAUUUGGCGUCCCUACAAACAAGAAUGCCAGGAGCUCUAGCACAUAGUGUUGCAAGUGAGCCAAGACAAAGUUUCCAU